AUGUUUGGCUCAGGUGAAAACAGAGUGGUGCUGCGGCGAAAAUUUGAGACCAGGAAAUGGAAGUCGGGUGAGCGGUUUAUUGAAUAUUUCAACGAUAAGCUGGUAUUGGCAAACCAACUACAGCUGGGAGAAGAGGAGUUGGCCGAAUACAUAAUCGACGGCAUACCUGAUUAUCGGCUACGCAACCAAGCGUAUAUGCAGUGCUACAAAACAAAGGCACAAUUACUCCAAGCAUUUUCCAAAAUUGAAACUGGGAGAAAACCGAUUGCGCCGGCUCAGUCGCAGAUUCAAGAAAGAAGAUGUUACAACUGCAGCAGUCGCGGACACYUAGCAGCAGAAUGCCGUAAACCAAAGCGAGAGAUGGGUACGUGUUAUGGGUGUGGCAGUCGAAAUCAUCAAAUAGCAACAUGUCCAGAGAAGAAAACUGUCCACGCAGUUAAUGAAUAUAAUGUCUGAUCGACCCAGGUAGCCCAAUCAGCUUCAUAAAAA